AUGAUCUGGAUGGAGCCUAAGAAUCAUUUCGAUGAUUGUUACUUUUGCGUAGUAGAUGCUAAAGGUUUUAAUCGAAAUCAAACAUGGAGGUAUCCAGACUUACAGUCUAGAAAAUGUCCUGUUCUACACAGUGAAAAUCUCCCUUGGCCUAUUUACAUUUCAAAAGUAGUUCGCAUGCCCUCAGAAAUAAUGAUGUUGCCAAAUUCACAGAAAUUGGAACAAUCUACCAGUGAAAGUGAAUGGGAGAGUGAAACGUCUACGACAAAGUUAUUUUCUCAAAAUGAACUCAGUGAUUUAAUACGUGAUCUCAAUUUAAUAAAACCAAAAACUGUUAGCUUCAAGAUUAAAAGAAAAAAAUGUAUUGGCACCAACAGUAACAAUUACAAUAUACAGAAGGCGAGAAAGUACUCAAAACGUAUCAUUUACAUGUUGUUAAAUAAUAUAAAACUAUUUCCAAAUAUAAAAAAAACAAAACUAGACCUCUUCGUAGAUUUUUGCUAUGAAGUAAGUAAUUUUGUCGCAAUAAUUGAAUCGUUAAAUAAAGAUUCUGGAAAUUUAGAAUUAGAAGUUACGAAUAGUAGUGUCGGGCAGCAGAUUGCAGGAAUUUUCGACUCUGAUGACGAUGAUAUCGAUCCUGAUUAUGUUCCUAAUGAUGAUGAUGAUUUGGAAGAUGUUCAAGAGAGUCAAUUAGCAUCACAAAAAAAGCGAAACAGUAGAACAAGCAGCUGA